AACAUUCGGUCAGUAAAAGCGAAAAAACCCAAGCAACAGCGUAUGACUCAUAUUUUGCUUACAAAUAACCAUUCUCCAUCAAUGGAAUACUGUGCUCUAGUAUAAAUAGCUUUGUAGCAUUGUUUGUCGUUUUAUUUGUGAGUUUGUUUUUCACGCGUACAGUGACUUUUUGUUGUCGACGAUUUAAAAAAAUUUACUUCCUCUUUUGUUGAUUCUUUUUGUAAGAUAAUUUUAUUUUGAAAAGAAAUUAAAAUGGUUAAAGUUCCAUUUGUUGAAUUGAACGAUGGCAAUCGUAUGCCUGCUCUUGGCCUUGGCACUUGUGCGUCAAAUGGAAGUGAAAUAGAAAAAGCAGUAAAAGAUGCCAUUGAUGUUGGAUAUCGUCACAUUGAUACAGCAUGGGCCUAUGAAAAUGAAUACUCCAUUGGAAAAGCGGUGAGAAGUAAAAUUGCCGAGGGUGUUAUCAAACGCGAGGAUAUGUUUCUUGUUACAAAGCUUUGGAACACAUUCCAUGAUCCACAACACGUUGAACGUGCCUUCCGUCAAUCGUUGGACAAUUUACAAUUGGAGUACAUUGAUCUUUACUUAAUUCACUUUCCAUUCGGUUAUCAAUAUAAAAAUGAUCAUGAACAAUGGCCACGAAAUUCAGAUGGCUCGCGUGCACUCAGUAAUGUUGACUAUCUCGACACAUGGAAAGAAAUGGAGCGUUUAGUGGAAUUGGGUUUGGUUAAAAGUAUCGGCGUUAGUAACUUCAAUAGUGAACAAAUAGCCCGACUGUUGACGGUUGCUAAAAUCAAACCAGUUGUGAAUCAAGUUGAAUGUUCACCAACCAUCAACCAGAGAAAACUCACAAAAUUCUGUAAAGAACGUAAUAUUGCAAUCACCGGUUUCUGUCCAUUGGGACAUCCUAGCCCAGCUGGUAAAACGCCAGCAUUUAUGUUUGAUAGCCGAGUCGCAGCAAUUGCCGAUAAAUACAAUAAAACUCCGGCCCAAAUUGGUUUGAGAUUCUUACACGAAUUGGGUGUUACACCCAUUCCAAAAUCAGUACGAAAACAACGAAUGCUGGAAAAUAUUAGUAUCUUUGAUUUUGUGCUGAGCGAAGAAGACAAACAACUCAUGGACUCAUUUAAUACAGGACAACGAUUGGUAGGAAUGUAUGAUGCUAGAAAAUCACCAUACUGGCCGUAUGGCAUCAAAUUUUAAACGCAUAUCACAAGAAAUGAUCGAAUGUUAUUUAUUUAGAAUUUAAUUAAGUGUUCAGUUUAGCAUGUAGAAAAAAAAAACAUUCAUAGGAAAUAAUAAUUUAUUGAUAAAUGCCGAGCAUGCAUAGAUUUUUUUUUGAUUAAAAUCAGAUUUAAAGUUUGAUCUUUUUAUUGGUACCAAAAUAAAACCUGAUUACUUUGAGUUUUUCCAAAAGAAAUUACAGCAGAGUGACGAAACCACUUUAGUGUUGUGAAAAGUCGAUUCGCUAUAAAUCGACGUAAUUCUCAGUUUUCUUUAUUUGAUUUAUAUUAUACAGCAGAUGCUAAUCAUUUUGCUUCCAAAUCUGGCAUUAUUAUAAAACCCAAUGUAAACAAAAAAAGGACAUGAAUUAUAAUGAAUCAAUUUCAAA